GGCGGGGAACGCCACCAAAAAGGGCUUCUUCAAAUGCACUGAUUGCUUCAAUUUUUCAAAUCAUGAAUUGCCCCGAUGGAUCAAGCAUAAGAUUUCAGCGCCGGAAUAGGAACGUGGGUUGCAGCAAUUGAUUUGCAAGCAUAAGAUCUGCAAGAGAAUCAACAACUGAUGAGAGCAAAGACUUCAGAGACCCAUCCAACAUCGUCGACAAACAUGUCGGAAAAAGUGGAAUAUGAUUUUUUACUACUGAUUUUGCUUGGAUCUUUAGACUAGAUGGAAAUGGAGGAAGGGGGUGAGAAAGAGAGGGGGAAUGAAGAAGAAGAAGCACAAGGAAGGAGGAGAUGGUUUUGAUCGUUGACGAAGGAGAUGGUUUGUAAUGGAAGCCGGCAAGUUUGAGAAUGGGUGGAGAGAAGAAGAUGAUCAGGCGACAAUUGGAUUCUAGACGCCCAAAUUCCACACCUGAUUUUGUGGGUCUCCUUCAUAGCGGAAGAUCCUUGCUCUGUGAUCUGGGUUUUGAACACCCCCUAGCUGCCUCGAUUUUCUUCACAACUGCAUUUCGAGGGGUUUCAUAGAUGGGUAAUCUGUGUGAAGACUGCAGUGUUAGAUCUCACUGAUUCAUGUGUUUACAGUGAGUGAUUUGUGUUGGAUAAGUGAGAGAUAAGCCUCUCAGAGAGGCUAUUUGGUUUUAUUUUUGAACCAAGCAUGUGUGAGGGAGGGUGUGGAUUCAAAAGAUGAACGCAAGUCCCUCACUUUCACGGUUCUUCUUCUUGCCGUGAGGCACUCUCCCGAAAUUCCCAAAUUCUUUUGAUUUAUCUACAAAUCCACUCGAAGUUUAGAUAGAUCACAACAACACAAGAAGAGAUUUUCGGAUUUGAAGCCCUUAUCAAGAGUCGCAGAGGAAGUUUUCGAAGUCGAUUCAAAUUGGGAGUCCUGAGGUAUGAAUCUAGCCUUAAAAGAGGGAAGAUGUGUAAAGAACUAGAUUAGUUUUAGAAUUUCAAAUUCUAAUAGGGUUAGAUUAUUAUCUGUAAUUUUAGGGAUUGAGAUAAGAAUUUAGAAUUGGAAAAGGUUUGGGUUCUCCCUGUUUCUGUAUAAAAGGGGAAGCUUCAGCUUUGAAAGUGGAGGUGGAAAAAUUGGUCGAAAAUUGGGGGAAACAAAUCGGGAGAAGGGAAGGAAAUUGGUGAAGCCCGGAAGGAAUAUUGGAGAGAUCGAGAGUGAGAAAGGCAAAUCAGAAAGUUGUACUUGGAAUUCAAGAAGUAAAGUCUUGAUUUUUUCGAUUUUCUGCAGGUCAUGAAAUGCCUCUUGUUAACUCUAUAGAAGUUGGCAAUUGUUGACUUUAUGGAAGUCAAUAAUUGUUGACUUAUGGAAGUUAGCAGUUGAAAAAGCCUAAUCAUAUAGGAUCCACUAGGAAACCGCAUGUAAUGGACUUAGACAAAACUUAACCCUAGGGCAGCCAACCUAGUAAACCACCUUCAAAGUCUAAGAACCUUAUACAUAGGACACAUUGGGAGUAUUUUGUUUUUAAAUAAUGUUUUUGUGUUUCUUAGGUGAGGAAUUCGACCAAGAGGUAUGCCAUUUAUUAACUCUCCUUUUUCUUUAUUUUAACAAAUAGGUAAUUGAUUA